CAGCCUCUGCGUCACCAUGGUAACCCAACGCUAAAACUCCAGAAGUGAAGGUUCUACACCAAAUCGAGGCAGAUAUAUCCGCUAAACCCGAUUAAAAACAGGCUGGGGAAGAGAAUGAUGGAGAACUCUGAAGACUUUGAGAGAUUUCUGAACAAUGUUGACAGGAUUGGUCAGAUAUUAGAAGAUUUUCGGUCCUCUGAUGAAAGGGUGCAACAAAAAGCGACAGCAGAAGCAGAUUCCUUAAUUGCCACCUUGGAUGAACCUUGCCGAACAAAAGUCAACAAGACUACAGUGAAUACAAAACCACUCCUUCAACAUUCUUUGAGUUCACAUGAUGAAAGUCAAGACAAUUUCAUGAAGAUUAUGGAAAGAGAUGCUGAAGACAGGGCGUUCAAGAGAGAGGCUAAGCUAAAAGAGGCAACCGCUCUUAAAAACAAGGGAAAUGCAGCUUAUGAGAAACAGGAAUAUGAAGAUGCAGUGAAGUAUUAUAGUGAUGGAUUGGCUGUACUGAAGGAUAUGCAGCCACUAUACACCAACAGAGCACAAGCCUACAUCAAGCUAAAACGAUAUAAGGAAGCAAUUUGUGACUGUGAAUGGGCCUUGAAGUGUAAUGAAAGAUGCAUAAAGGCGUAUGUGCAUAUGGGAAAAGCAUACCUGGGUUUGAAGAAAUAUAAUGAGGCUAAAAGCUGCUUUGAAAAGAUACAGGAAAUUGAACCAGGGAGGGGAAAGAUGGUUAAAGAAUACUUGGAGUUGGUAGAUUUAGAAGAGAACAAGGAUUGCCAGGAGAGGAAAGCAAUGGAAGAACUUGUCAAAGGAGAGGGAAAGUUCACAGCGGUGCCCCAACUGCUGGAGAGGCUGUCUAGGGUUGGCCGGACUCCCCUCUAUUACUGUGCAGGAUUGGAGAGCCUGUCACGGGCAGUUACUGACUGUACAGGACAGACUCUCUUCAGACUGAACAAUGGCUUUAGUAUCAUUGGCAGCAAUGGCGUGCUGACAAGAUGCUUGUUGCAGAAAACAGAUGAUCUUCUCAGCAAAGAGCUCUGCAUUUCUGUAUUAAACAUUUGGAGGAUUGUUUGCUUUAAAAAUGAUGAAAAUCAGAAGAUCCUGAUGAAAUGUCCAGUUGCCAGACGGGCUCUUGUGCAGCUGUUAACAUCGGACCAUGUUGAAGUUGUGAAAGAAUGUCUGAAAUUAUUGCGACUAUACUCAGAGACAUCACAUGGCAGACGUUUGGUUAUUGACAACCUCAAUCUGCACCUGUUGGCUGAAAACCUCAUGUGGUGCAUCUCGGAAUCAAAGGAGCAGCAAGAGAUCACAGCAGUCUGUAUUCUAGAAACCUUUGCUGCAGAAAAUAGGUUUCGGUUAAAGCUAAGAAAUUUGUCAAACAACUCCUUUUUUGUGGCAUUUAAGAUUAUUUUGGGAGAUAUCAGCAGAUUUAAUCAAAAUGUCCUUACAUUGCUCAUAUCCGCUGUUGGCUCUCUGGCUGCAGAUGAAGUCAUUCGUCAAAAGCUUGCUCAGGAGGAAGAAUGCUGGGAAGCUUUUCUCACUGCCACCAAGCAGUGUGUGACAUCUGAGAACAAAAGCAUCCUGUAUCAUUUGCUUGGCUUGAUUAUCAACCUUUCAUCAAUUACUUCUUCAGCCAUGCAGGAGCAUGCUGUUUCUUUCUGUGAUUGCUGUGUGGACCUGCUGAAAAAUGCUGAUGGAGACAUCGUCACUGGAGCCACUGGUGUUCUGAGCAAUGUCCUGCCUCAGUCAUCUAAAGCUGUUCAACAUGCUGUUCAAAGAAAAGUCAUUCAAACCAUGUGCUCCCUGCUAAAAGGAGAAAGUCAGACUGCAACCAAGUUUGCCAUUAAGACAUUGACAGUUUGCACUGCAGUCAGUGACAUGGCAAGACAAGAGCUGGUGAAGUCUGAUAAAAAAUUGUCCAUGUUACGUCAGUUUCUGAGUUCUAGCUGUGACGAGGUGAUUUCAGGAAAUGCAGCUUUGUGCCUGGCCCAUUGCUUUGAACUGGAAGGUGUUGCCACCCACCUGCUGGGCACUGAUAUUGUACUUCUUCUACUAAGACUCGCAGCGGGGGAUGCUAAGAAGACAGCUGUGCAACAAAAUGCAGCUAUUGCUCUCAGCAAACUAUGUCAGUCUGAGCCCAGACAUAUUCACAAACUUCGGGAGCUUCAUGGCCUUGAGAUCCUUCACUCCUGUGCAAAACUCCUAUGAUAAAGCAGUAACAGUUAAAUUCUGUCCAAGUCCAGUGAUAGGCAUUGACAUUUCAUCAUUUGUUUGCCUUAAUUUGUUUCUUUUCAUUAUGGAAAAUAUUUACUUUCUCUUUUAUCUCUAAACCUACCAACACUUGAAUUCUAAUGAACCAAAUUUUGAAAGUAUUUUAGCUAGAAAGAUGUUCAUGUUUAGCCAUAUUGGUCUUCAAAAGGAUAAAAAAUUUAUUUGACUGAGAAUAUCCUCAUGAGUCUAAGUAUUCCCUCUAUAACAAGGUCACCUCCUUAAGUGAUAUUCUUUACUGUUACUGUUUGCAUAUGCAGUGCAUUUUUAGUAUGCAUUUCUUUGUUUGUUUUCUUCAAAA